AUGGCAGAAGAAAACGACUCGAAAUCAAGUGUUGAAUUGGCGACAAAACUUGUACAACUCGGAAGAGCUAGGGACAAAACAGAAACGAUAUUACAAGCUGCAAAAGAGAGUGCUAUCAAGAGACAUGUCGAGACAUUGAGAGAGAUAAUAAACGAAGUCAAUAAACUAGUACGAACGAUCGAAGCAGAGAAAAUUACAGCUAAGGAAAACAGCGACGAGAUUGACACAUGGAUCGGUGAAAUAGAGGAGAAAUUAAACGAGGGCGACGAGAAAAUUACUAUUUUAGAACAGUGGUUGAACGAAACGCGAGAGAAACGUGAAUAUAGCGACCAGAAAAAGAAAUUAGACUUUGAAAUGGAACUUCAUGAGGCCAAGAUGAAACUACAAGCUCAACAAAUAAACAAAGAAUCAUCAAAAGAACUGACCUCAAGUGAGAUUCCUAUUCCAAAUUUGCAAGCCAAACUACCGAAAUUGACAAUUACAAUAUUUGAUGGAUCGUAUGGAGACUGGCAGAGAUUUUGGGGACAAUUUUCAGAGACUAUUGAUAAAACAAAUGUACCACCAGUAACAAAAUUCACAUAUUUGAGAGAGUUGCUAUGCGACAAAGCAAAACGUGCGGUUGAGGCUCUUCCAUUUACUGCAGAGGGUUACAACAGAGCGGUUUCAAUUCUCAAGGAUAGAUUUGGUAAGGAAAGCGAGAUAGUAAAAACAUAUGUCAAGGAGAUUCUCGAACUUCCAUAUACGGCAACAUCAAAUCCUAAAAGGAUACAUGAAUUUUAUGAGAAGUUAUCAUAUUGUGUACAGUCGCUUGAGACAUUGAAAAAAUUGGAAGCUGUGAAUGGAACUGUUGCCAUGACAUUGGACAAAUUGCCAAACAUACGGGGUGAUUUAGUACGGAACGACUCAGACUGGGAGAAAUGGGACUAUAUUCAACUAACCGAAGCAUUACAACAUUGGACUCGAAGGAAUCCAGUCGAAGCACAGAAACCAGAUGAUGGGAGGAAGAAACAAGAUCGGCGACAAGGCGGUUAUCAGUUCUCAACGCAACAGAAGUCAUAUCAGAUAAGUAAAAGUUCUCGGAAGUGUGUAUAUUGUAGUUCUGAGAGUCAUAGAUCUGCUGAGUGUGACACAAUUUUGACAUUCGAGGACAGGAAAAAGUUUAUAGCUACAAAACAUCUGUGCUUUAACUGCACAGGGCCCUCUCAUAGGGCAGCUGAGUGUAAGAGUGUCUCGAAGUGUCGAUUUUGCAAUAAACGUCAUCAUACGUCAAUUUGUGAUGCACCCAAAGCAGACGAGCAUGAGAUAGCGAAAACAGCUCAUACCGGGGGGGAUAGUGAAGUUAUUUAUCCAGUGGUGAUGGUUGAAGUAGACGGGAUUAAGACACAUGCACUGCUCGAUACUGGAGCAGGAAGCUCCUAUGCUUCCAGUAGUCUAACCAAUGCAUUGAAGAGAAAACCUAAAGCUGUCAAAACAAAACGAAUUGAAAUGAUGUUAGGAUCCACCACCACCAGAGUAGAAAUUUAUGCAGCCAGCAUAAAAUCCCUAGAUCAGAAAUUUGAGCUUGAAAUUGAAAUGUCAAAAGUUGAUAAACCUGAGCUAAUGAAACUCAACAACCCAAAUUAUGCCCACCUGUUAGAGAGAUACAAACAUUUGAACGGUGCAAAAUUCGAAGAUCCUGACACCCGUACACAAAUACCUGUACACCUUGUGCUUGGGGCUAGUGAUUAUGCCAAAAUUAAAACCACUACGGCUCAAAAGGUGGGGAAGCCGGGGCAGCCGGUGGCAGAGAAAACCCUCCUUGGUUGGACGGUGAUGUCUCCAGGGAAGGAGGGUCCCAUCCUGUUAACUCAAUCCACUACUAUAGAUUAUGAGCAGUUAUGUGCAUUAGAUGUCCUCGGACUUCCGGACAGAAAUGAAAAUGAUCAGAAAACUGUGUAUGAGGAAUUUGAAGAGCAGCUUAGUAGAGAUCAAGCGGGCUGGUAUGAGACAUCAUUAACAUGGAAAGGGAAUCACCCCCCACUGCCAACUUAUGAGAACAGUAGCAAGCGUCGCCUAGAGCAGUUGCUUAAGAAACUUGAACGGAACGGACAGUACAAACAGUAUAAUGACAUUAUACAACAACAGUUAAAUCAGGGAGUAAUUGAGCUGGCACCUACCACUAAAACAGCAAAAGAAUUUUAUAUUCCCCACAAAGGCAUAGAAAGGAAGCAAGCUGAGACCACCAAGUUGAGAGUGGUGUAUGAUGCGUCUGCGAAAGAGAGCGGAUUCCAACCAUCCCUCAAUGAUUGCCUCCACCCGGGCCCCCCUCUCCAGAACCUGUUAUGGGACGUCCUUGUUAGAUCUAGAUUUCACCCCAUUCUGUUAACAGGCGAUUCGAAACAGGCCUUUUUGCAAAUCAGAAUAAAGGCCGAAGAUAGAGAUUCAUUGCGAUUUCACUGGAAAGAGACUGGGAACGAUGCAAUACAAAUCUACCGGUUUACUCAUGCCCUGUUUGGGCUGACUUGCUCCCCAUUCCUUCUCGGGGGAGUCCUUAAAACCAUCUGGAUGCUUGGGAAGAUCGCUAUCCCGAGAUAGUGAAGCAAUUACGCGAAGGACUGUAUGUUGAUGGUUUGAUUACGGGGGGUACCACAGUCGCAGAAAUCCAGACCCAGAAGGAGAAAACUAUCGAACUUUUCGACGAUGCCACUUUCACAAUACACAAGUGGCACUCAAACGUACCUGAACUCGAGCCAAAGAAUCAAUCGUCAUCAGAGAUAAGUGAACUAACAUAUGCCAAAAGUCAACUGGCAGGGAUCGAACAGCCCGAUGGGAAACUACUUGGUGUGCCCUGGGAUAGGAAGCACGAUACUAUUAGCGUGACCCUCACCACAGACGCUGAACCUGUAACUAAGAGAAGCAUCUUGUCAAAAUUGGCACGAAUCUACGACCCCCUGGGCUUGGCUUCACCAACCACACUGACCGGAAAACUUGUUUAUCGGAGUGCGUGUGACAGUAAAAUUCCAUGGGACGCAGACCUACCAGGGCCACUACGAAAGAAAUGGAAGGAAUGAAACGAAGCGCUCGAGUCCUAUACAAUCCCUCGGUCCUUAGCCUCAUACCAUCAACCAAUUCAAGAGAUCACCUUGCAUGGAUUCGGAGACGCGAGCUCAAACGGCGUUUGUGCAGUCGUCUAUGCAGUAGUCAAACAAGAGGAUGGAGUUACCCAGGGAUUGGUAUGUUCGAAGUCACGAAUAGCGAAGCGGAACUUGACCAUUCCACGUCUUGAGCUCAUAUCGGGACACAUGACUGUAAACCUAGCCACAAAUGUUCAACAAGCUCUCACUACUCAUCCAGCAACUGUUCAUUGUUGGCUCGAUUCAUCCGUAGCUCUGUACUGGAUCAAUGAUCAAGGUGAAUACCGACAAUUUGUGGCAAACAGAGUACAAAAGAUUCGUCAGCACGAGAAUGUUACUUGGCAUCACGUUCCAACAGCGGAAAACCCAGCCGACAUCGGAAAUCGGGGAGGAAAGGUCUCUGGGAACACGUUAUGGAAAGAGGGUCCAUCAUGGUUAAACAAUCCUGCAGAAUGGCCAGUUCAACGAGUUCUGGAACCGACAUCAGAUAGCAAAUCAGAAGCGAAAGUGAUUAAAGAAAUCUUCAAAGCUGCGCACAUUGAAGAAGACAUCAUGGAUUUACUACUUGAUAAAUAUCCUUUACCGAAAGUGCUACGAAUUGGAGCGUGGGUUCGACGGUUCAUUCUGAAUUGUAAACGACAACCGGCAGAGAGAGAGAAAGGUCCCAUCAACAGUCGCGAGGUUCAACAACAACGAGAAUGGUGGAUACGACGGGCCCAAGACGCAGUCAAACACGAUGCACGAUAUUUAGCCGACCGAGAGCGAUUAAACCUACAGGAGAACAACCUCGGAAUUCUGGAGUGUAGAGGCAGAAUUAUCGGAGAAUAUCCCAUCUAUAUACCAGACUUCCAUCCUUUCGCGUCAUCUUUAGUUCGUGAAGCGCACCUAUCAACUCUACACGGGGGAGUCAGUACAACCAUGGCGAAAUGCUGCAGCAGCAGCUACGUUACGCAUAAGAGACAUUGCAGAGGAUGA